AUGAAAAGAAAAAUGGUGAAAGGAAGGAAACUCAAAGACAGGAUCAGUGAUUUGCCUGAUCCUCUAUUGCUUCACAUUCUCUCUUUUUUAAACAUCAAACAAGUUAUUCGCACUUGUAUUCUCUCCCCAAGAUGGAAGAAUCUCUGGAAGUAUAUUCCCACUCUUACAUUAUUUACCACUGCCGAAAUUUCCACCGAAUUCGUCUCUCGAUUCUUGUCUCUUCGCGAUAACUCAACAGAUCUUUACUCUCUAAGAUUUCGCACUAGUAAUGUCACGGAACCUAGCCUAGUCGAAACGAUUCUAAAUUAUGCUGUUUCACACAAAGUCCAACUAUUAAAUGUCUCUAUUGAUUGUGAUAUUCAACACUUUCCAAAUUGUUUAUUAUCGUGUCGUAGUUUAACCUCUCUUCAUCUCUGUUUUAAUCAUCCUACCGUUUAUGCUACAACCAUACUGUUUCCUAGUUCUUUGAAUAUGCCACUAUUAACCCGCUUGGAUCUAUGGCUCUUUGCCUUUAGGGCCGGCAAUGAUGGUCGUGUUGAUCCAUUUUCAGCAUUAACCAAUUUGAAAAGUUUGACAAUGGUGUAUUGUAAAGUUGCGGGUGCGCAAAACCUUUGCAUUUCAAGUACCAAGCUUGUUAGUUUAUACAUAAACAUGAGUCAUUAUGCCCCCGAAACCUAUUUUGGAAUGGAACUAUAUGCUCCAAAUCUUUGUACCUUUAAUUUUAGUGGUAUUCCUGUUCAGAAACUCUGCUGGGGAAAGAGCAAUCUCUCUUCGAUCAAACGAGUAAGUAUUGAUAUAAUAGCAUUUUGGAAAUCAAAGGAGACUUCAUUAGUUCUACUCAAGUGGCUGAAUGAACUUGCUAAUAUGGAAUCGUUGAUGAUCUCUUCAUCGGCUCUUAAGGUUCUUUCCUUAGUUCCGAAUUUAUUGGUUGAGCUUCCUUCCUUGGGUAACUUGAAGUCACUCAAGGUAGAAAAGAGACAAAUUUCACGAAUGAUACCAGAUGGAAUAGUGGACAUUUUGAUUCAAAACUCGCCUUCACCAAAGUUUGUUGAUCUUACUUUUCCUAGUGCUGAUUUAGUUGCAGCUAUGCAUGUUGGAAUCAUAAGAGAGCUUAGGUAUAAUAACAGACCAAUCCGUAAUGCUUCGACUGAAAAUGGACAGGAAUUGAAACCAAAAAUAUAA